GCUGGUCAGACAGGAAGAGCUCAUUCCUAACAGCGGAGCAGGAGGAGGACGAAGAAGGAGCAGCGCAAAAGGGGUUGGAUGGUUGUCAAAGGGUGCCCAGGCCACUGCUGGCUCCUGCAUGCUCCCAGGCGCCCAACAAUGAGAGGGCCGCCAAGCGGGGAACAUUGACCCCCACACUCUUGGAAGCUUGGAUGGUCUGAACCCCAGAUGCCUAGGAUGUGUCGGUUGGACAACCUUGACGCCAGCAGCACCCAGAAGCUCUUGAUGAAGACAGGCCUGAUCUUGAUCGUCAUCGGCCACCUGAACUUCAUUGCUGGGGCUCUGGUCCACGGGACGGUGCUACGCCACAUUGCCAACCCCCAGGACACCAUUUCCCUCCAGUAUGCCGUCUCCAACAUUAUUACAGUCAUCUCCGCCAUCUUGACCAUCUCCUGCGGCAUUGCAGCCAUCGUCCUUUCAAGGUACAUCUCCCAGAAACCUCUGACAUGGGCCGUAUUCUCCCUCUGCAUAAGCAGCACCCUCCUCUCCCUCUUCUGCUCGGUGGGUCUGGCGGUGGCCAUCGUUGUGACUUUUGCCAACCGAGGGCGAACCCUCUUGGAGCUCUGCACCUUUGCCAACAUGGACCUCAUCCAGAUCUCCCACGAAUGCCCCUUCGAUCCCACCCGGGUCUAUAGUUCUGCCCUUGCUCUCUGGAGUCUUUCCUUUUUCCUGGAUGCCGUGGAGAUCAUCUUCAGUAUCCGAUGCUUUAUCAUCACACUGGGUCUCCUGAACCUGAAGCUCUGUUGCAGGGGGAAGCGGAAGAAAAAGGUCUCGCUGGAGUUUGUCACAGUCAAGAAGACCGGCGAGAACAGAGAUCUCCUGAGGACGGGUCAAGUGGAGACUGUGUGGCUGUAGAAGCCAAUGGCGAUGGAGACCCCUAUAGAAAGACUCCGGACUCCUCUAGGACAUAGUCGUCUUGCUUCAUCUUUUAUUUUGCAUCGCUCCAAAAAGGACAGACGGGAGGGAUUCGGCUCAUUCUCCAUCAUGGGUGAGCUCUGGAGCAUGGAAAAACAAACCAUGCCACCAUUUUCUCUUCAACUAGAGGAGGCCAAACCUUGUUCCACUACAAUUAGACACUCUUGUGCUCUCGGAACUUUCCCCUCUUUUUAAACCCUUUAUCCCCAACAUUUUUUAUUCUCCAAAACAGCCGUGCGCCUCUGCCACGACGCUGUGGACCAAUGCACUGAGACAAAGCAACACUUCUUUUUUUGUUCAAAUUUUAUUUUGAAGGUAUUAAAAAGAAACAAACGACCCCACGGUUGCCGCUGCCCACUCCUUCCAACAUGCACUCUGGUGAUAAGUGGAUUGUAAUAUAUUUCUAUAUAUAUGUAUGUAUUUAAGAUUUUUGAGCAGCUCAGAGCUCAGAUUUGCACAAGGUGGAGCUGUGCUUCGCUUCCGUCCGUCCGUCCGCCAGAGCGCAUGGUUUGUGUGUGUGUGUUUAUGUGGCCAUUACCCUCCACUGUUUUUGCUGUAGCAAAGUCACCACAAAGUGACUGGAGCACCUCAGUUGGCCAGUAGCCCACCAGGAGGGCCACUUGGAUGAGAAAGAUAGUGAGGAGGAGGAGGAGGAGGAGGGCAAUUCAAUUCAAUUUUUUUUACUUAUUCGGGGAACGGGGAGAGAUUUUUCGCUUUAAGGGCCCAUAACUCUUUCAGGUUUUGGCUCUUGGUCCUGUUACUCAAAAGAAGGGAGGGAAAUCUAGGAGUUUUUUGUGGAGUUGUCGAUUGCAAAACUCUAAAUUAAAGCCACACGCCGCCUUUCCCCUUUUCAAAAGUCUCCAAUUUUGUAGCAUUGCAGAGAGUGAAACUCUUGAAAAUCAUUCGCAUCUAGACCUCUGGGUCACUUUGCCUGCUGCUUUCCUUUGCAUGCUUAAACUCUAUUUCCUCAAUACUCAGCUGGAGGUUUAAGUUUCUGCAAUGUUAGAAAUGUGGGGACUGAAGGAAUAUUUCAUUUUAGGGAAGCAUUUUUAUUUAGGGAACACAAUGCCCUCAUUUUGAACCCCUGGGAUUCCAGCCAACCCCAUCUUUCCUCUUGCAUGUCCAAAUUCCCUGUUUCUCUCCAAGGUUUCAGCAUGUUGGCGUCUUCCGCCAUGUUUUCGCACCACACAGGUCUCAGGCCUCCAA